AUCUCUCUCUCACUCCCUCUCAAUAUCUCCAUCUCUUUCCUCUUCUCAUACAUGGUGCCCUCACCCUUGUGGUUUCUCCUCCAAGUUGGUUCACCCGUGGCCAAUGUUAUAAAUGUUGGCAAUGUUUGCAUCACUAAUCGACUUCUGACAGUCUUGAGAUCACCAUUAGAUGUAACCAGAAGGGGGAUUCAAUUCUAUUAUAUUCCGCUUGGGAGUAUAAUCUCACUGUCAUUGCUAAGGUUGUGGAUUCCUGUGUAUAAAUAGCCAGCCAGACCCACGUGCGGGUCGUUUACAGAGAUUAACACGGAUGACGGUCGGUUGUCGGGAAGGGGCAGAGAUCUGGAAAGUGGGUGAACCCGUCCUACAAGCCUGUCUCAUAGAGCAGAGGAUACAAUAAGCCGCAACACCUCUUCCAAGGUAUCUCCAGACUCUGAACGUAGCCCCAUUCUAAAUGACUUCUGUCCACCAAUAAAGUAGGUUAUUGAAGGGUUUUAUUCUCCGUAACGGUGCAGGGGUCAGUUCCUACCGGUCAGGCGGCUGGUAUCAGCUACAAGGCUGGUUGUCUCUUUGUGCACAUCGUCUUCCUCGUCAUAAUUAUCGGAUAUUGUCUGAAUCUAUUCAGGAGGACUUUUGACAGCCUUCGCAUUACCCCCUAGGGCAUCAUGAGGACAUUUGUAGUAUCCAUCUUUUUAUUAUGUGUUGCUGGCCGUGCCUAUGGGCAAGCCAUGCCUGGACAGAGUAUGUACCCGAUGGAGGGGUGUGCUCCAGGAUGGACUAAUUUCGGCAAAUUCUGUUACAAAUACUUUUGGGAACGUCUACCGUUUAUGCAGGCCCAGAUUAAAUGUCUAAGUUUCCGUGCCAGUCCGUUGGCCCCUAGAGGAUACCUCGUCACGGCCAAGGACCAGCAGCACAAUAGGUUUCAACACAAUUUCCUCAGGUUUACAGGCGGAGGAAACAACAAAGUAUGGAUGGGACUCGCUGAAAGGCGUUAUAAUGAAUUCUGGUGGGCAGAUGGCACGCCUUUCCAUCCACAUGACUGGAACCUGUUUAAACCGGAUCAACCUCAACAAAACCACCACAUCGAUGGAGUACAUACCUUUGAUAAUUAUCCAUACCAAACAUGGGUAACUUCUAGCCACGAGACACAAAUGUCUUUUAUUUGCCAAUAUAAAUAUCUUCCAUGAUGGAACCUUCAUAACAAAAAUAUUUCACGCUAAUCAAUAUAGGAAUUUAUAAAUUACACACGCGCCUUUGGUGGAAAUAUGAGGCUUUCGAGCGCUACUGAAGGGAAGGAAAGACAUUCCAGAUAAAAAUCUAUCUGCGCUUAAUCUCUCGUUAUUUCUUUAGGAUAUGAGCAUGCGCAGAUGGGUUUUAUCCGCAUCUUCCAUCUUCUUUGCCUUCCACCAUGUACUCGGAAGCUCCAUAUUCGGAAGGUGUGUGUUAACUAAAU